AAAGAGUAAAUAAAAAAUAGAUCGAAUAAAUUUUGUUGAAAAAUAGAUCGAAAAAGUGACUAUUUAGUGGAUUAAAUUGGGUUUGAUCUGAAGUGAAUAGUGUGUGUGGAAUUGAGAAUUUCUUUGGCUAUAACUAUACGUUCCUGUUUUUAAGAUUUUGCAACUGUAGCUGUGACUUGUGAGUGCUGACUGCUACUAAAGAAAUUCACUUGCUUCAUGAUUUUAGUAGUCCAAAUAGACGACGAUGAUGUAAGCCUUAUGUUGUAGAGUGAAUUGCAAACCUAUGUGUUUGAUGGAUGUGACUGUUGUCCUUUAAUCAAGUUUGUUGCAUUCCCCAAAUUGCAGUCUUUCUUGCUUUUAAUGAUCUUUGAGCAAUAAAGAGGUGUUAGAAUAGUUGUCGAUAGCUCUGCGAGAAUUAAAUAUUUGCAAGAGGUGGUGGUAUAAGCUCUUUUUGUUCAGUGUAUAUGCAAUUAUAUUUGAGAUGGGUUCUAAAGGAAGGGCGUUGUUUGAUCUUAAUGAACCCCCUGCUGAGGAUGAGCAGGUUAAUGAUGGUGUCCUCUGUUUACUGCCUCAGAGAGCAGUUCCUUCUUCUAGUACCAACACUUCUGAGUUUUUGGCAUCGUCUGUUGAUCCUCCGGGGAUAGUAAACAAUCAUGCAUUUUCCCAUGCCUCUUCCGUUUCAGGUUUUCAGCCCUUUGUUCGGUCAAAAGGUGCAGAGGCAUCUAGAGCUCCCGAGGAACAUGGGAGUGCUGGGCCUUCAACUUCGGGUGGCGCUUCAUUAUCUAAAUCAAGUCAGGAACAUACAAUGAAGUCUUUGAUCCAGCCAGAUCUUAACUCUCUUGAUAUGCAAGUGACUGAAAAGGAAGAAGGUGAAUGGUCUGAUGCAGAGGGUUCAACAUAUGCAGAUAAAAAUUGUGGCUUGAAUGAUAAGUCGAAUACUGAUGUUGAUAAAGCUUCGCAGGAGAAAUCAGCAGUUGAGCCGGUGAGCAAUAGUGAUAAAGUUGGCUCUGUUGAUAAUGCUUCUCAGGAUAACGAGAAAGGGAAUGGUGAAAAUUACAAUAUUUCUUCUUUAGAAUUAGAUCGUGAUACAAGUGACAGGAAAAGCAAUAGUAGCAGAAAUUCUGAAACCAGUAGUAAAGCUGAUAUCACCAUGGAUGGUCAGGAGGAUUCUGGGCAGGUGCCAAAGCAUAGAGAGAUUCGAGGUGUUGAGGCAAGUCAUGCAUUGAAGUGUGCUAAUAAUUUUGGUAAGCGUCCUAAGGUUGACCAACAGAAGGAAGCGAUGCUGGGAAAGAAGCGCAGUAGGAAGACCAUGUUUCUUGAUUUGGAAGAUGUUAAACAGGCAGGUUCUCAAAAAAGUAUUGCUAGACGCCAAAAUUUCCCAGCACCUGUUACAACUCGCAUUGUGAAAGAGUCUCGUAAUGUUCCUUCGCCUUCUGAAAAGAAUGGGGAAAAGCAGAGUCAGGUACUUGUCAAAGAUAUGAAACAAAUUGAUUCAACUAAUGAAGGAAACUUACCUGUGGAAUCUAAUGAUUCUAGAUCUGAAUCCAGUGCUGAUGUGAACCUAGCACCUCUAGGUCGGCCAAGACGGUUGAAUAGUGCUACUGACCUCACGUCUGAGGCUCAAACACCACCUAUACCUAGACAGAGUUCUUGGAAACAUCCCACAGAUCAGAGGCAAAAUAGAAAUUCACAGUUGCCUGGUAGGAAGCCUGCUCUGACCAGUCAAAAUUCCAUGGAACCAAAAUUGGGAGCCAAAAAACCUCCAUCCAAGAAGCAACCUAUAGUAAGUAGCCCGUGCCAAGAUACAUCUGUAGAACGCCUUAUUCGUGAGGUGACAAACGAGAAGUUUUGGCAACAUCCAGAUGAAGCGGAGCUUCAGUGUGUACCUGGUCAGUUUGAAUCUGUGGAAGAGUAUGUUAAGGUGUUUGAACCCUUGCUCUUUGAGGAAUGCCGGGCACAGCUGUACAGUACUUGGGAGGAGAUGGCUGAUACAGGAACCCAUGUGAGGGUCCAUAUUAAAAAUAUUGAACGGCGAGAAAGAGGAUGGUAUGAUGUAAUCCUUUUUCCAGAUUGUGAGUGGAAGUGGUUAUUCAAAGAGGGAGAUGUAGCAGUUCUCUCCACUCCACGUCCUGGAUCAGCAGUCCGAUCACGGAGAAGUGGCACCUCAACAUUCGGGGAUGGUGAUGAGCCUGAAAUUAGUGGUCGUGUGGCUGGUACUGUGAGGCGACACAUACCUAUUGAUACUCGAGACCCUGCCGGAGCCAUCCUGCACUUCUAUGUUGGAGAUCCGUAUGACACCAACAGCAAUAUUGGUAGUGAUCACAUACUGCGGAAACUGCAACCAAGAGGCAUCUGGUUUCUGACUGUUCUGGGUUCUCUAGCUACCACCCAACGAGAAUAUGUAGCUUUACAUGCAUUUCGGCGUCUUAAUCUACAGAUGCAAAAUGCAAUUCUUCAGCCCAGUCCGGAGCACUUCCCUAAGUAUGAAGAGCAGACACCUUCAAUGCCUGACUGCUUUACACCAAACUUUACUGACCACUUGCACAGGACCUUUAAUGAACCACAGUUAGCAGCAAUCCAGUGGGCUGCAACGCAUACAGCUGCUGGAACUAAUGGUAUGACAAAGAGGCAAGAUCCAUGGCCUUUUACUCUAGUUCAAGGGCCACCUGGUACAGGUAAAACACACACAGUGUGGGGAAUGCUGAAUGUCAUCCAUCUUGUUCAGUAUCAGCACUAUUACACAGCAUUGCUCAAGAAACUAGCUCCUGAAAGCUAUAAGCAGAAUAACGAGAAUAACUCCGAUAAUGUUGUUACUGGAUCCAUUGAUGAAGUCCUGCUAAGCAUGGAUCAGAAUCUCUUCAGAACCCUCCCAAAGCUAUGUCCAAAACCUAGAAUGCUUGUCUGUGCUCCUUCAAAUGCUGCAACUGACGAGCUUCUUGCACGUGUUCUUGAUCGUGGAUUCAUUGACGGUGAGAUGAAAGUUUAUCGACCUGAUGUUGCACGAGUUGGGGUGGAUUCCCAAACGCGUGCCGCCCAAGCAGUUUCUGUGGAGCGGAGGACUGAACAGCUUUUGAUGAAGAGUCGUGAUGAAGUUUAUGGGUGGAUGCACCAGUUGAGAGCUCGUGAAGCUCAGUUGUCGCAGCAGAUAGCUGGCCUUCAAAGAGAACUAACAGUUGCUGCAGCUGCUGGUCGUGCACAGGGAUCUGUUGGAGUUGACCCUGAUGUUCUUAUGGCUAGGGACCAAAAUCGAGAUACUCUAUUGCAGAACCUUGCGGCAGUGGUUGAGAAUAGAGAUAAAAUACUGGUGGAGAUGUCCCGCCUUCUGAUUUUAGAGAGUAGGUUCCGUGGUGGUAACAAUUUCAACAUGGAGGAAGCUCGUGCUAGUCUGGAGGCUAGUUUUGCCAAUGAAGCUGAAAUUGUUUUCACUACUGUCUCAAGUAGUGGGAGAAAAUUAUUCUCUCGUCUUACCCAUGGUUUUGACAUGGUAGUCAUUGAUGAAGCAGCCCAGGCCAGUGAAGUAGGAGUCCUUCCUCCUCUUUCUCUUGGUGCAGCACGAUGUGUUCUUGUUGGGGAUCCGCAGCAGCUUCCUGCUACGGUUAUCAGCAAAGCAGCUGGAACUUUGAUGUACAGUAGAAGCCUCUUUGAGAGGUUUCAGCAAGCAGGCUGCCCAACUAUGUUGUUAUCAGUGCAGUACAGGAUGCACCCACAAAUUAGGGAUUUUCCGUCUAGGUACUUUUAUCAAGGCCGCCUUAGUGAUAGUGAAAGUGUUGUGAAUCUGCCUGACGAAGUUUACUACAAGGAGCCUUUACUGAAGCCUUAUAUCUUUUAUGACAUUACACAUGGUCGGGAAUCACAUAGAGGUGGAUCUGUUUCAUAUCAGAAUACACAUGAAGCACAGUUCUGUCUUCGUUUGUAUGAGCAUCUUCAAAAAACUUGUAAAUCUCUUGGUGUUGGGAAGGUUACUGUAGGUAUAAUCACUCCAUACAAGCUGCAACUUAAAUGCCUCCAAAGGGAGUUCGGGGAUGUUUUAAAUUCUGAAGAAGGAAAGGACAUUUACAUAAAUACUGUGGAUGCUUUCCAGGGUCAAGAGCGUGAUGUUAUUAUAAUGUCAUGUGUGCGUGCCUCAGGUCAUGGGGUUGGGUUUGUUGCAGAUAUACGGCGAAUGAACGUUGCUCUUACUCGUGCAAGACGAGCUCUUUGGGUAAUGGGUAAUGCCAAUGCUCUGGUGCAAUCAGAAGAUUGGGCUGCAUUGAUUGCUGAUGCCAAAACCAGAAAAUGUUACAUGGACAUGGAUACUUUGCCUAAGGACUUCUUGCUACCCAAGGCAGCUUCUCAUGCUGCUCCACCGACCAAUAUGUCUAAUAAUCGAGAUUUAAGAUCUGGGUUACGACAUAGAAUAUAUGAUCCACACAUGGAGCCCAGGUCAGGAACACCUUCAGAAGAUGAUGAAAAGCCAAAUGCAUUACAUGUAAGGAAUGGAAGUUAUAGGCAUCCUAAGCCAUCACUGGACAAUUCGUUGAAUGAUUUUGAUCAACCUGCUGAUAGAUCUAGAGAUGCCUGGCAAAAUGGUAUACAAAGGAGGCAAAAUACAGCUGGAAUUGGGAGAAGAGACCUGUAGUUGGUGUCCAUGAAUAUGUGCCACAUAUCACAGGGACCAAUCAUUUUUGUUCCUGAUGGUGUCUUUGCUCCUGGCUAGGAGAUUGGUUGAUGGCACAGCUACACAUGCUGAUCUUAUGUGCAACAUGGUUUGGUAUAAAGUACUCCUUGGUGAUGCAAGAAUGGAAGGCUAUAUGGAAGUAAGAAAGCUGUUUUUUUUCCAGAAGACUUUGCUCCUGGCUUGGACAGAGGUUGAUAACACAGCUGGUCAAGCAGCAGAUUUCGUGUUCAGAAUAUUGUUUGACAAAAGAAUUCUUGUCAAUGAAGAGAAUGGGUGGGUAUGUCAGAAAGGAAGAGAUCCUGGUUGAUUAUGGUGGUACUGUUGGAAGCUUUAACCAGUUAAUGGGACUUUGAGCAUGGGAGCUCGCUCAGUCGUGCCUGAAGUUCUUUUGCUGACAGAUUAUAAUGGUAAAUGUUUGAAAUAAAUGAUUGUUAGUAUAUGCUUGCUUCGGUUGGGAUGAGAAGGAAAAAAGCUUAUCUCAGCAAAUGAUCUUGAAUAUUCAGCCAUUCAGCUGGAAAAUGGCAACCCUCUAUGAUUGCUUCUCUGUUGAUGAUAUAUACCAUCGAGACUGACCCUAGAGACUUUGCAGCAUGGUGUAAGUAGUAUGUCUGGCCUUGACAAGACAACUAGUCCAUGAAAGAAGCCCAGGACAGAGAGGGAACUGAACUUGGCCAUGUGGGGAUAUUGUUUCAGAAAGUUACCAAACUCAUUGAAGGCUCUGAACAUGGAACUCUGGUCAGAUGGCAAGUCUGUGAUUUGCAGAACCAUUACGAGCUGCUGAUGAGCAAGUCACAGGAACACAUAUAAACUGACUGAGUAGAGUCCCAAAUGUUGAUAUGGGGGGACCUGGAAGAUAGCAACUAGUUCUGUACAUAUUCGUGUGGAGAGCAUAAUUCUUUUCAUUAGGUGGUAGUCUCAUACUUAGGAAUGUUGCAGUGCUUUUUGUUAUCCUUCUCAAA